AUCUUAAUGUAGUAGAGGAAUGUACAUUAUUUGAGCUUGAUUUUGGAGGAGGUUGUGAAGAUGAUGUUGUAAUUGUUGAAAGCGAUAGAAUCGAUUGUGCCGAAAGGAUUUUAGUCGAAG